AUGCUGUUGUUUUUGGGCUCAGGUUGCAGUCACGUUACUCGGAGGACGCUAUCAUUGUGCUUGAGCUCGCGCAACCGCAGCGUCGUAUGCAGUGCUGCCUCGAGACGCGGGAGCGUCCACGCAAAGCUCACCGUUGCUUACCCGUUCAUCAACUGCGCGCAUCGUUUGUUUUCCCAGGGAAAACCCUUUGCCGUCUAUGCUCUGAAACGAACAGCGAGCGCGACAACAAGUCGCCUACACCAGCUAGUGAUGAAGCAGGCAAAGCCGACGCACCGCAAGGCCUUAAUCUUUGUCUGCUGGCUCGUGUACGUGGGUGUCGUGCUCUGUUCAGACCUUUUACCGGGGUCUAGUGUUUUCCGUAUCGACAGCGAGACCAUUCAUGAGGCUCUGGACCUAUCUAUGAACUUUUUUUUCAUCCUUCCGCUUUUAAGUCCUAGCCAGGCCCCAGUUUUGCACCCGGUUCUGGAGAGCACCUUCCAGAUUGUCGUAUGCUGGGCGUUACUCUUUAUCGGCUUUCUCAGCGAUGACAUUAGCCGGCAUUGCCGCACCGCUCAAAAGCAAGUACAAAAACAAAUACUGCCCAUGUGGGUCUUCCUGGUAGGCUCCGCACUGCUCACCAAUGUCUUCUACUUGCCGUACCUGGUGCUGCGCCAGAACCCCAGCAGCCUUGCAACCAUCGUAGACACGGAUUCAUCAGAGCAUUCGCUGCGACCAUUCACAUCUACGAAAAAAACGGUAGCAGCGAGGCACAGCGAAGCUGAUAUGCUGCUGCGGAUAGCCGAGUCCCGCGGCUUACCCCUGAUCCUCUGCGUUGUGGCCUUGUUUGCAAUGCUCUGGGCGUUCGCGGGUCGUCCAGAGUACCCAGCGGCACCACCAUUUACGCUAGAGCGUUUCCAGCUCUAUUGGCAGGCAUUUCUACAGAAAGAUCGUCUAGCAGUGUCCUUUCCAAUUGAUAUGCUGGUCUUUGCGCUGUUCCAGGCUGAGCUGGUGCCCGACGAUAUGCGUCGACGAGGCUUAAACCCACAGAGUCAGAAGGGAACACGUAUGUUGGGCGUAGCCCGAUGGAUACCGUUCUUCGGUGUUGCUUGGUACCUGUGGACACGACCUCGACUCUGUGAUUUUUCCGCGAACGCAGAAACUGAGCAGGCACACUAG